UAUUUUUCUAAGAGAUUAGCUUCAUAGUAGCGCAAAGUUAGCAUUGAUGGCUAAAUGCGAAGUGUCCGUUGAUUUAAUUACGAGCAAAAACUGAAAGAAGGCGUCAGUCAGUUAAAAUGUAAUGCUCGUUUGAAACUCCCGACAGGAUUGCCACUUGUCCAUUGGAUUAGCAAAAGAGGGUUAGCUUUGAACACACAGCGAUAUCUUCAUUCUAUAUGCCAGCAUCCCCUCAGGCUAGGCGAGGACAAGGACUCCCAUCGCUUCCCCCAUGAGUAAUGAACCCUUUCUGGAGUAUGUCGACAAAUACUGGUCGUAAGAGGUCCGACAGCGAGGAACAGAGUGGGCAGGCAGAGCACAGAGCCAGCCCGGCCCGGUCUUCAUUCGGAAAGAAGCAGCUCCCCUCUAUCCCCAAGAACACAGCCCCUGUCACAAAGCCCCCCUCCCCAGCCACCUCCGCACAGUCUGCCAACGGCACACACGCCUCCUAUGGGCCUUUCUACCUGGAGUACUCACUGCUGGCCGAGUUCACACUUGUGAUCAAGCAGAAACUCCCAGGCAUUUAUGUCCAGCCUUCCUACAGAUCAGCCUUGAUGUGGUUUGGUGUCAUAUUCAUCCGACAUGGAUUGUACCAAGACGGGGUUUUUAAAUUCACUGUCUACAUCCCUGACAACUACCCUGAUGGAGACUGCCCUAGAGUGGUGUUUGAUAUUCCAGUCUUCCAUCCACUAGUCGAUCCCGUAUCAGGGGAGCUUGAUGUCCGAAGAGCUUUCACAAAAUGGAGGCGCAAUCACAACCACAUUUGGCAGGUGCUGAUGUAUGCGCGCACAGUCUUCUACAAGAUCAACACCAUGGAGCCACUCAACCCAGAAGCUGCUGUUCUGUAUGAUAAGGAUGUGCAGCUCUUCAAAAGCAAGGUGGUGGACAGCGUGAAGCUAUGCAACAGCCACCUUUUUGACCAGCCCAAAAUCGACGAUCCUUACGCAAUAAGUUUCUCUCCAUGGAACCCAACAGUCCACGAGGAGGCGAAAGACAGGAUGUUCACACAUAAAAGACGACCUGAGGAUCCCCACAAGGGCCUCCAGGUGUCUGGCCUGUCAUGGGUGAAGCCAGGAUCCACACAGCCCUUCAGCAAAGAGGACAACUCUCUUCAGACUUAAGCCUGCUGUUGCCUCAUCUGCCCACUAGAGGGAAAGGCAGAGCACGUGGGACUCUGUUGGAUCAGCUCUGGCUGCUGGGAACCUUGUCCUUAUUUGAAGCAAUUGUAUGGACUUCAUUUGUCAUUUGCGAAACACACCCUCGCUCAGCUUUAAAAAAAAAAACACACACACAAGAAAGAAAUGUACUUUAGACAUCUGCUGAAACUGCAUUAGAACUAAAAUGAGCUCCCGCAUUUGCAUAUGUAGAUAAACUGACAAAACUGGAUGUCUUAGCAACACCAAGGCUGGAAAGCAAUCAAACUGCAUUGAGCUUGUUCCUUAGAGUAGAUCAUUUUUGUUACUUGCACAUAUUUUGGGUUGCACAUGUUUCUUUUCUGUUCUGUUUGUUUGUUAUUUUGUUUUCAAAAGCAACAGACCACCUCACCUUCUGUGUAAGUGACAUAAUGUAAGAUACUCACAAAUUAACGUAAAAAAAGAUGAACCUAGUUCAUCAUAAAACACAUUAAGAAUGUUCCGAUGGGCUCAGGAUUGACACAAAGGUCUUGAUAUGGCAGUUUGAACUUGGUGAGCUUACAGCUUUUCAGUUAUCCACCCCCCCUCCAAAUUUAGUUAGUCUUCCCUAUAGAGUUCCUUUGAAAUGGGACUUGGGACUUCUCAAGUUUUAUUUCCCAUUUUGAUUCAUCCAUACUGUGUAAUUUACUAUACUGUGUAUUCAAUAGGUUUUAAUAUAUGACGCCGAUCAAGCAAACCAUUUUAAGAAAUUAAGUUAUAUAUGAUCAUUUAUUGUUCAAUAUUGUAAUUUUUUUUUUAAUGUGUCUUUUGAGCUUAAUUAAAUGGUUAAAGGGUUUUUGAUGUGUAAGUAUAGCAGCGCUUGUGUGGAAGUGGCUAACCUCAUGUAGAGGUAGUGAUCCUUUCUGUAUUUAUAUACAGCUGUAAGAUUGAAAACCCUGUCUUUAGAAAGUAUUUUUGUUUGUUUGUUUUCUCCACACUACAUAUUGAGCUUUUUGUUUUCUUCCAGCUCACUGGUUCUGUUUUUGCUUUCCUAUAUGACUCUGCAGACUGUUGUUGAAAGGCUGUGCUGUGAAGAAGGGUUUGAGUUUUUAAAAAUGCUAUUCUCUGAAGGCAAAUAAACAUUUUUAAGCCA